GUACUCAGAGCCCGAGAAAUAAUGAAUUCACAGGAAGUCAUAAACGGGUGGCAAAAGGCAAGAAGACAUUUAACCGGCCAAAUACAAUAGUGAACAACAAGGAUUCCGUUUUUAGGCUAUCAAAAUUCAAAAUUGCUUAAAUUCAACCAAUAACAUAGUUUCACAUUGUCAUUUUCCGUCAUUAUUUAAUUAUUUAUUAUCAUUUACUUUUUGUAUUUCAUAAUUGAUUUGAAUAGAUUUCCAUCACAUGGAAAUUGGAAUAAAGAAUGAACCAAUAAAAUUCUUCCUUCUCCAUAGAAUAUGCUUCACAAAUCACAACCCAUCUUUAUAUUACUUUCUUCAGCAAAAUUCUCCUCUUUUUUUUAUACCAAAUUCAAUUUUCCAAAAACUAAGAAAAGCAUAUAUUUUCCCUUUUCAUUUAUACCAAAAACCCCCCUAAAUUCUUUUCCUUGAUUGGAUAACUAAUUUAAUUCAAACUGAAUCCCAAUUUUAUCUUAAAUUCAAUACCCAAACACUCGAAUCAUCAAACAAUGAAGUCACUAAUGUGCUUUGUUCUGUUUAGUUUCUUCUUUUAUGCUUCCUUUUCUUCCCAAGAAUUUCCAAGACCUUUAAUUUUGGAAUACCCAGAUGGAGGAGUUAGUCAAGAGGAAUUGUAUUUGCAGUGUACAAGCUGGAGAGUUGCAGUAGAGGCGAAUAAUUUAAAUCCAUGGAAAACAGUCCCAUAUGAAUGUGGUGAUUAUGUAAAGACUUAUAUAAUGGGGGGAAGUUAUAAAUUGGAUCUGGAAAGAGUUUCUAAUGAAGCUUCUGUGUUUGCCAAAAGUGUUGGUGUUGAGAAAGAUGGUAAUGAUGCUUGGGUUUUUGAUAUUGAUGAGACUUUGCUUUCUAAUCUCCCUUAUUAUGCUGAUCAUGGUUAUGGGUUGGAGGUGUUCAAUGGUGUGGAGUUUGAUAAAUGGGUAGCCAAGGCCAUGGCUCCAGCAAUUGAAUCGAGCUUACGGCUUUAUGAAGAGGUUUUAAGCCUGGGAUUUAAGGUUUUUUUGCUGACAGGGCGCAACGAAAACCUAAGGGAUGCAACUGUCCAGAAUUUGAUGAAUGUAGGUUUCAAGAGCUGGGAUAAGCUUAUAUUGAGCAGGGGCGCUGAAGACCAUGGAAAGAUAGCAAUGAUAUACAAAUGGGAGAAGAGGAAUGAGAUGGUGAAGGAGGGAUUCAGGAUCUUGGCCAAUUCCGGUGAUCAGUGGAGUGAUUUGCUGCCUUCUUCAAUGUCCACCCGUUCUUUCAAGCUCCCUAAUCCCAUGUAUUAUAUUCCAUAGACAAUAGUCAACCAAAAUAAAUUAUUGUAAUUUAAAUAAUACAUACUUAAUACUCCCAUCACCGAUGUAAUUUCUAAUUUGCAAUUGCAUUGCACCAAAAUUCACAUUCUGAAAACUGCAUUGUAUUUUUUAAGCCUAGUGUAUAUACGCCUUACUAGAUUGUAAUAAUUGUAUAUACUAAGCAUAAGAAAGGAGGACCUAACAAAAGAAGCAGAGUUUCUCAUUUUCUAAGUAUUGACAAUAUAGUCCAUGCCACCUGUACUUGAAUGAAAUUUUUACCAACCAUUAGCAAUUGUUGGCUCUAUAACCUAAUAAGCCAAAAUAAUAACGAU